CCACACGACCAAGGAGUCUGGUUAUUAAGUGUUCGAGUGUUCGUCUUUUUGUGUGAAUAGGAGAAUCAAUGACUUUGUGGCAAGUGUGUUUCGUGUUUGCUGCUUUAUCGAAACAUUCUUGGGAUAGCAAAAAAUUUGUAAAUGCAACUGGAGAGAACCUGAGAGGGAACCUUCUCGAGAGAGAGCUCCAAUAUGUGGCCCAAAUUCAUGAUAAACUACAAGACGCUGUUGGUUGCAACGAUGUUGCAGUUCUCAACGUGGCGUUUGAUAGCGAAAGGUGGAAAAACGAAUCUCUUAUUGCAGUCAAAGUCGCCAAUCUCUUGACUUCUCUCUGGUCUGUGAAAUCGUCCGCUUCUGCCGAAUCUGUUGUUGAGAAUGACAUUUUACUGUUUCAAAUGGUUCGCUACAACGUCCGUUUCUCUCCAUCUGUUUUCGGAUCAGCUGUAUGUUUCGCGCCAAACUUGUACAAGGACUAUGAAAGGUUUUGUCCUUAUGCGUUCAGGGACAAGAAAUUGAACGGAAGCAUUCAUGUUACAGAUCUUGGGCAAACGGAUUACGAUUACACUACGAGCCCAAACGCUAUUUGGUGGCCUGCAAUCACACAAAAAACCAGAAACAAGAGGUCAACAGAUUGGAUGAAAGUGACCGACUUUUAUUCAGUAGGAAGCGCGAAUGGAAUUGUCGAGAAUGAAACCCGCAACCGAUUACUUGUGACAUACGAAGAUGGUUUGUGGACUAGGCCGUAUUUCGAUUGUUUUGGAGGCAAAGAGUGGAUGAUAACCUAUCUUGCUCCAGUUUUAAACGAAACCAACGAAUUUUUAGCUUUAGUAAGCGUGGAUAUUUCUCUUGAGGAUGUAGAUAUCGACCAGUGCGAUGCCCCAAACUCCGCUGAACAGCAGAGCUCAGAAGAGACUGGUGACCAAGCCAAACCAAACCAUUUAAGCACAUUCAUGGGAACUCACAGGUGCAAAAAGAGCACAAAGUGUGUACCAGUCCCUUUCCAAGGAUUCAAACGCGGCACCUAUCGCUGUACUUGCAAACGAGGCUACUAUUUUCCAGACCCCACAGCAACUCGGAAAUACUUUCCCGGGCAGGUCCUGGAGGAAGAGUACGACAAGAUGCUGAGAGGCGAAUCGAACCUUUAUGAGCACCACUUUGAGUGCCUUGCUUGUAAUGAGGGCUGUGAGGAAUGUGUGGAUGGCAGCGCAUGCGUGUAUGAUGUAUAUACAAAGCUGAGAUAUUCUCUCCUUGUAAUUAACUGCCUCUUUGUCGUCAUUUCGUUAGCCCUCGCAGCAUUGGUGUUCAAACUUUGGCAGAAUAAGAUAUUCAAAGCUUCCUGUCCACGUUUUCUUGAAGUCAUUAUCUGCGGAGCGAUAAUGAUGUAUGUAAAGCUUAUCGUAUUGUUCCCUAAACCUUCCGAAGUGCGCUGCAUAUUGUCACCUUGGUUACAUCACCUGGGUUUCGCUUUGGUAUAUGGUUCUCUGGCUCUGAAGACAUGGAGAGUGGUGUUAAUUUUCCGCGUGCGCUCCGCUCGUAAGUUGGCUAUAACAGACAGUGUGUUGCUGAGGAGAUUGGCAGUUAUUGUAUUGCUGUAUACAAGUUACUUGACCGUUUGGAUGGUGAUACAGCCACCUUCCAUCGAAUCAAGUAUUACCGCUGAUAAACUCAAAUACGACAGAUGCUCGACAAGCUCGUUUAGUCACAUGAUCUUAGCAGCUGACUUCGUAGUCCUUGCUUGGGGAAUGUGGCUCAGUUUCAAAGUGAGAAAAGUACCACAAGUUUACAAUGAAAGUAAAUUCAUCGGCUAUGCCAUAUACAACGCCACGUUUAUAAUCUGCUUCAUCAACGUGUUGAGUGUUGUGCUAAGUAGCGGCUCAUCUCCUGACGUGAUGUACGCCAUGGACUUUAUAAACAUCAACAUUAGUGCCUCUGUCACGCUGAUGCUUUUGUUUUCCCACAAGAUUUUUUUAGCUUUGGCCUUGAGAAGUAACGGCCACCGCACCUCUCCUCAGGAGAAUAAGUUAUCGGUUCGUUCCAGAGGGGAGACAUUUGCUAAGGAACUUGACACAACUAUACUCGGUGGAGAAAAUGACGAACUUAAGCGGGAAGUACGAAGACUUGCUUCGAAAGUUGCACUUCUUCAAUCUCAGUUGAUGACCGAGCGAAACAGACACGUAACGAAGAUUGGGUCUAGCUAAAAGGCUAAGUGUCCAACCUGCAGCCAAUUUGUCGUGAAUGAGUGACUUCCGAGUUCUUAAGUUUAAUAGAAUUAAGAUUUCGUAGCUCUCUUUAAAAAUCAUCAAAACAUCGACGGUCAUAAUCUCUUCCUGUACGGAAUUGGAUCCUCUCAGUUUGUUCAUGAACUACUAUAGUUUGUAAACCUGUGCAGCAGUAAAUGCUGUUUGAAGCGCAUUCAUUUUGUUUUAUUUGCUAAUCAUUUGACUCGUGAAGAACAGAAACCUGCCGCUGCCACUGCGCAUUUCCUGCCAUUGUUUAGCCCAAGGCCGUUA